UGAGACGAUGAGCAGAUACACCAGUCCGGUGAAUCCAGCCGUGUUCCCCCACCUCACUGUGGUGCUCUUGGCCAUCGGCAUGUUCUUUACCGCUUGGUUCUUCGUCUAUGAAGUGACCUCCACCAAGUACACUCGGGACAUCUACAAGGAACUUCUCAUUUCUCUGGUGGCUUCCCUGUUCAUGGGGUUUGGCGUACUCUUCCUACUACUGUGGGUUGGUAUCUAUGUGUGACCAUAAAGCAGGAGCUGUUUGAGGUUCCAGGUAGAAGCCUUACUGAAGCUCCUUUUUCUAUUUUUGUACUUAAUGUGGCUCAUCACAGGUGGGGACUGUGUAACCAUGAGACAUGCUUGUAAUCCAAAGUGCCCUAACACCAGGCUGUAAUAAAGUUGGCUCUGUGAUG